AUGGUCAAGAAAGGACAGUCGAAAGGUGGGAAACCUGGUGGGGGCGGAGGCGCAAAGAAACCAUCUCCAGCAACCACAACCGGCGACGAUAGCUUCAUUGUUUUCUCGAACUCCGAUAAGGAUCCGAAACCGAAAAGACCUGCGACCGCAUCUGCCGGACCUUCAAAUCUCGAUGGUCCCGAUAUCUUAGGCGAAGCUCCAAAACGACCCGAUGUCAAGAAGAUUAUUGGAGGGGCAUCAUGGACAGGAAAAUUGCCGGUGAACAUGCUGUCAGAGCACUGCCAAAAGCAGAGAUGGGAAAAGCCAGAAUAUACCAUGAGCAAAACACCAGAAGGAUAUUCCUCGAUGGUUAUUCUCAAGGCUAAGAACCCUAAAACACAAGAGCUCGUUCAACUAGCUCCUUUCAAAUUGCCUCCUAGUCAUAAGCAUCUUGCAGCGAAACCCACAGCCCUCGAGGCUCGACACUUUGCGGCUACCUAUGGACUCUUUCGAGUGUGCAGUAUGCGAAAUAUACACAUGAUGCUUCCUCCCGACUACAGAGACUUGUGGAAGGGCGAAUUCGAAGUUCUUAAAAAGGAGGAUAUCAAGGAUGGCCGCGGGUGGCAAUAUGAGGCAGACCCCUUCCAAGCCUUGAGAGAACGAGAGGAAGCCAAAGCCUUGAUGGAGAAGAGGCGCGCGGAGCAGAAUAAAGCGAAGGAGAAGGCUCUCAACACACCGGGUGGUCCAGGAGGCGUCGGGUUGGCACUUCGCAACGGAGGGUCUGGUGGUGUAAAUUCGGGAUCUCAUAACAUCCAAAGAGGUUGGACUCGAGUACCCAAGAUCGAAAUGGGCAAACGAGCGCGCACAAAUGUCGAAAAUCUCAUACGGAAAUACGCAAUAUGGAAUCCCAAUGGUGUUCGGAUGUCCGAUUUUCAGAAGCAUUCUAUUAUUAAUGAGUUCAAAAAUCUACAAUUCAGAGAAAGCCAUGUUGAAGAAGCAGUUCAGGAAUGCAAAGAUCGCGAGGAAACUCUGGAGUGGUUGCUUAUACACGUUCCUGAGGAUGAUUUGCCACGUUGGUCUUUACCCGAGGGUUAUACUGCGGGUAUCAGUAUGGGAAGCAGUGAUUUAAAGAGAGAAGGUGCAAUUAAGCGUCUUGCAGAGGCUGGGUAUUCGAUAGAUCUGGCCAAACAGAUUUUUGACAGGACAGGGGACGAAAGUACAGCUGCGGAAGCUCUGCAGAAGAUUCUUCUGUCCAGUGGGCAAGAAGAUGACGCCGUACCCGAUGAAGCUGAAAGCUGGGCCGCCGAAGAUGCGAAAGAAAGUUCUUUGACCAUUUGGGACGAAGAACUGACGAGUCUACAAUCUGUCUUUGGCGACCAAUUUUCUCGUCCCUCGAAAGACAUAUGUCGUGUCACAAUAAAACCUUCAAAUAGAGGGCGAAACGCGGAGAUUCAGCCAGUGCUGCAAUUUAGAAGAUCGUCUGAGUACCCACAAAAGCUUCCUGUCAUUUCAGUACACGCUGCGCUCCCUUCAUACAUUCGUCUUAGUGUUAUGAAGCAAGCUCUGAAUCACGCUGCUGACAACCUCCUGGGAGAACAAAUGCUAUUUUUUCUUAUCGAUUGGGUGGAGCAGAAUCUGUACAGCAUCGUCGAACGGCCGGGCAAGCUGCGGGAUAUUGCAGCUGCAGCUUCCAGCACGAGUGAAGUGCGGCCGAUUCAUAGAAAAAGACAAAAGAUAUCACGACAUCCUAGACCGAUUAACUGGACGCCAGACCCACGAAGUAAAGAAGAAUGGGCUAGCAGGCAAACUAAUCUUAAGCUUCAAUCGAGAAUUCAACAGCGGAAAACUCUUCCUGCUUGGGAGAUGAGAGAAAUAAUCAUUGAUACAGUUGAAUCUCAUCAGGUUACAAUCAUCUCUGGAGAAACUGGUUCGGGUAAAUCUACUCAAUCAGCACAGUUCGUUCUUGACGAUUUGUACCAGAGAGCACUGGGUGGGACUGCCAAGAUAAUCUGUACUCAACCUCGAAGGAUUUCGGCUCUUGGUCUCGCGGAUCGUGUGAGUGAUGAACGCUGCUCUACGGUUGGACAAGAAGUUGGCUAUAUCAUUCGUGGCGAAUCAAAGGUUACACCAAACACUAAAAUAACUUUCGUGACUACAGGUGUACUUCUCAGAAGACUUCAAACUAGUGGAGGAAGCAGUGACGACGUCGUUGCGAGUUUAGCAGAUAUCAGUCAUGUAAUAAUCGAUGAGGUUCACGAACGGAGUUUGGACACCGACUUUUUACUUGUAUUACUUCGAGAUGUCUUAAAACAGAGGAAAGACUUAAAACUCAUACUGAUGAGUGCCACCCUUGAUGCUGGUGUUUUUGAAGACUAUUUCAAGAGCAAUGGCAAAGUAGGCAGAGUUGAGAUUAGUGGCAGAACGUAUCCUGUUGAGGAUUAUUACCUUGACGACGUCAUUCAGAUGACAGGUUUCAAUUCUGGCCGUGGUGGAAGACGAGAUGAAGAAGAUGCGGAAACGUCUGGCAUGGAUGCCGAUGUUGCUGCUGCGAUCCAAAGCAUUGGAAUGCGAAUUAAUUACGACUUGAUCGCGCAGACCGUCAGAGAAAUCGAUGCGGAUCUGACCUACCAAAAGCAGGACGGCGGUAUACUUAUUUUCAUGCCAGGUCUGAUGGAGAUCAGUCGUACGAUCGAUGCUCUUCGAUCAAUACCGAACCUCCAUGCUCUACCGCUUCAUGCUUCACUUCAAUCAUCAGAACAAAGACGGGUAUUCCCUCACGCUCCGCAAGGCAAGCGAAAGGUUAUCGUCGCCACAAACGUUGCUGAAACAUCCAUCACCAUCGAUGAUAUUGUUGCAGUAAUAGAUACUGGACGUGUCAAAGAAACGAGUUACGAUCCACAGAACAACAUGCGUAAGCUCGAAGAAGUCUGGGCUUCGCGUGCAGCCUGUAAGCAGAGACGAGGUCGAGCAGGGCGUGUUCAAGCUGGCAAAUGUUAUAAGCUGUAUACACGCAAUGCCGAGAUGAACAAAAUGGCCGAACGGCCAGAGCCUGAGAUCAGGCGAGUUCCGCUUGAACAACUUUGCCUUUCUGUCCGCGCUAUGGGUAUCAAGGCUGUUGGGAAAUUUCUUGCAAGUGCUCUUACGCCGCCAGAAAGUCUAGCGGUUGAUGGAGCGAUGGACCUAUUGGGUAGAAUGGGAGCAUUGGAUGGAGAUGAUCUGACUGCUCUGGGACGACAUCUGUCCAUGAUUCCAGCUGAUCUACGAUGUGGAAAGCUUAUGGUUUAUGGCGCUAUGUUUGGGUGUCUUAAUGCAUGCGUCACUAUUGCUGCAAUACUUACCGUGAAGUCACCGUUCGUCUCGCCGCAGGAUAAAAGGGAUGAAGCGAAGGUAGCUCGAGCGCGGUUCGCUAAGAAUCAAGGUGAUCUUAUUGGAGACCUAAAAGCUUACGAGCAGUGGGAUGAGAUGGUCAACAAUCGAAGUAUUCGACAGGGUGAGAUUCGAAAUUGGUGCUCUGAAAACUUUCUUUCUUAUCAAACACUAAACGAUAUCUCUUCCAAUCGCACGCAAUACUUAACAUCCCUUCGCGAACUAUCGUUCAUUCCGUCAUCCCCAGACGCCUAUCAAUCCUUAAACAAGAAUAACGACAGCACCACUCUCCUACGAUCCCUGUGUGCCGGUGCCUUCAACCCCCAACUCGCGCGUAUCGACUUCCCAGACAAGAAGUUCGCGCAAUCCGUCUCUGGUGCCGUUGAACUCGACCCUGAAGCCAAGACCAUCAAGUACUUCAACCAGGAAAACGGACGAGUCUUUGUCCAUCCAAGCUCUACCGUUUUCGACGCGCAAACCUUUCCGGGUAACAGUGUCUACAUGAGCUACUUCAACAAAAUGGCCACUAGCAAGGUUUUCAUACGAGACCUAACGCCUUUCAACGCCUACACCGCACUUCUCUUCUCCGGCCCUAUCACCCUCGACACUCUUGGUCGCGGUCUCGUCGUAGAUGGCUGGCUACGACUACGUGGUUGGGCUAGGAUAGGAGUCUUGGUGAGUAGACUGAGAGGUAUGCUUGAUGAUGUAUUGGCGAGAAAGAUCGAUGAGCCGGAGCUUAAUUUGGCGGGUAAUGAGGUUGUAGAUGCGGUUAUGAGACUUGUUGAGCUGGAUGGUUUGGAUCAGUGA